UUCAGAUUCCAUGACUACUCGCAGUCAAACACUGUUAGAACCUCAGCCUUCAGUUUCGGCAGCCUCAUCACAGUAUAAUUUUAUUCAAAAAGAAAGAAAAGAAAAGUCUGGCUGGCUGGCUGGCUAAACUCAACUAAAACACAGAAGAAUAGCAGCAGAAGCAUCGAAGGCAGAAUCAAAGCUCGUGAUUUGAGGGGCAGUACGUGUUAAUGCACUGAGAGGAGAGAGGAAAAGAAAAGAAGAAGGCAGUAGUCAACACCAGCACCAGUUCUUCAACAAGAAGAUGAGCCACCAUAGACGAUAAUAGACUGCAACUUUACAUUAUAAGAAGAAGAAGAAGAAGCCAUGAAAGAGCUUCUUUUAGUUACAAUCUUGGUCUUGUUUCACUGCACGUUGGGUCGGCAAGUUUUGACAAGAAAUGAACUGUCAGCUUUGCUUGAUCUCCGGUCAUCGUUGGGGAUUAGGAGCACAGACUGGCCAAUAAAAUCCAACCCCUGCAAGCAAUGGACAGGAAUCCAAUGCAGAAACGGGCGGGUCAUUGGAAUCAAUAUAUCCGGGCUUAAGCGGACUCGGGUCGGCAGUUUGAACCCCAGUUUCAGUGUUGAUUCUUUGCCAAAUUGUACUUUCUUGGAGUCUUUUAAUGCUUCAGGGUUUUCACUUCCUGGUCCGAUACCGGAUUGGUUUGGUUACCAGCUUGGUUCUUUGAAGGUCUUGGAUCUCCAGUCUAGUUCAGUCACCGGUCCGAUUCCUGCUUCGCUUGGUAAUUUAACUAGACUCAAUGCUUUAUAUCUAGGCAGUAAUGAUCUUGCUGGUAGUCUACCUGCUGCAUUGGGGAAGUUAAUGCAGCUAUUUGUUCUUGAUCUUUCAAGGAAUUCACUUACUGGGCAGCUACCAAGUGAAUUUGGAUUGCUUAGGAAUCUAUCAAGACUUGACCUUUCUUCCAAUUAUUUUUCUGGGUCCAUACCAUCUACUUUUGGUAGUAUUUCUAGUCUGAAAUUCUUGAGUUUGUCUAAUAAUAGUCUUAUGGGUUCGGUGCCAGUUGAAUUGGGUAAUCUUUCUAACUUGGUUGAGCUUAAUCUUGGCAUGAAUGCGUUAUCCGGGUUGUUGCCUGUAGAGUUUAUGCGGUUGAGGGAUUUGGAAGUGUUGUUAUUGAGGGAUAAUCGAUUGGAGGGUAGAUUACCGGAUGGUUUGUUUUCGAGUCUCGGAAAGUUGAGAGUUUUGGAGUUGAGAGAGAAUAAAUUUGAUGGUGCUCUUCCUGUUGCAUUGGGGUCGUUGCAGAAUUUGCAGGUUCUUGAUGUUUCUGCUAAUAAUUUUACAGCUGAUUUGUCGAAUUUUAGUCUCAAGGGUCAUGCCAGUGGUGCUGUGUUUAAUCUUUCCAACAAUAAGUUAUAUGGAACUCCGGCUUGUUUAUCUGAGAACUGUACUUCCAUUGAUUUGUCGGGUAAUUAUUUCCAAGGAAAGGUUCGUUUUAGCGGUCCAAGAAAUAGUAGCCUUGACAUGAACUGCCUUCAGACAGUGCCUCAUCAGAGGAGCUUGGAAGAUUGUAGAUUUUUUUAUGCUGAGAGAGGCUUAACUUUCGAUUAUUUUGGAAAUCCAGAGCCAAGUCCUGUCCUAAAGAAACGCAAACGAUGGAUAUACAUUUUGGUGGGAUUGCUUGGUGGAGUUGGUUUCAUUACGAUUUUGGUACUGGUGAUCGUGGUGGUCCUUAGGAAGUUUGGUAAUACCAUUACAAAUGAAAGAGGAAGUGCAGAUGUGGGGCGUGUUCCAGAUGGAGAUAGCCCACCACUUCCUAAGGAUCCUACUAGCGUAUCUAGUCUGAGAGACUCAUUCACAUAUGAACAGUUACUCGGUCUGACUAGUGAAUUUAAUGAAAGAAAUUUCAUCAAACAUGGUCACUCUGGAGAUCUCUACCAGGGUUUUUUGGAAGGAGGAGUUCCUAUCGUUGUCAAAAGGAUCAAUUUGCAUAGCUUGAAACAGGAUUCCUGCAUGAUGGAAUUAGAAUUUUUCAGCAAGCAUUCACAUGCACGUUUAGUCCCUCUUUUGGGACAUUGUUUGGAGAACGAAAAUCACAAGUUUUUGGUGUACAAAUACAUGCCAAAUAGGGACUUGGCUGAGUCUUUGUACAGGGUAACCAAUUUUGAAGACGAUGGUUUGCAGUCCCUGGAUUGGAUUACAAGACUGAAAAUUGCUACAGGAGCUGCUGAAGGUCUCUCUUACCUGCACCACGAGUGCAACCCUCCCCUUGUCCAUAGAGAUGUUCAAGCGAGCAGUAUCCUUCUUGAUGAUCAGUUUGAGGUUCGACUCGGAAGUUUGAGUGGGGUUUGUGUCCAAGAAGGGGAUUUGCAUCAAAGUGUUCUCACAGGGUUCUUGCGGAAGUCCCAAUCCUCCGUCUCUGAUCCAGGGACUUCUGGCUCAUCUCCAGCAACUUGUGCUCAUGAUGUGUAUUGUUUUGGCAAGGUCUUGCUUGAGCUCGUUACAGGCAAGCUUGGCAUAAGCAAGUCAGAUGAUGCCACCACAAGGGAGUGGUUAGAACACACGCUGGCGCAGAUCAGUAUAUAUGACAGGGAGCUGGUGGCAAAGAUUGUUGACCCAUCUAUGAUCGUAGAUGAAGAUUUAUUGGAAGAGGUAUGGGCAAUGGCCAUCGUGGCUAGGUCAUGCCUUAAUUCCAAACCUUCUAAACGCCCUCAAGUGAAAUAUGUCCUCAAAGCACUGGAAAACCCUCUGAAAGUGGUAAGACAUGACAUUUAUAGCUCGGGAAGGCUGAGAACAACUUCAUCUAGGAGAUCUUGGAGUGCUGCUUUUUUUGGUAGCUGGAGACACAACCCAGAUAAUGCCUCAGCUCUGGGCCAUGCUAAUACCAGUGGCUUAAAGCAACCAGGGAGAGCAGGAUCUCGAGGCAGCAGUGGGAUUGAGCAUUCAUCUUCUAAUAAAAGGUUAUCCAGCGAAAUCUUUCCUGAACCACUUGAAAUGCAAGAUAUGGAGAGGCUAGAUGAGCAUUAGAUGACCUGCUGUGGAGUUUACAAUUGUUCAUAUGUUGUGUGGGUUCCACAUCCGAGUGCUCAACAGCAUCCUCGGAUCCAUCUUUGAUGGGAUUUCAUCAAAAAUCAAUGCAAGCAAAUGGUGAUUAUAAUCCAAUGCGCUGUGAAUGAUGAAAGAUUCCCGCAAUGAGGCUAACACUGUCAAGACAGAAUGAAAAUGGUUGAUAGUAAGGGAAUGUUGGGAAUACUUUUAGGGUUUGUAAGCUUGUCAGUUUCUGUUUGGAGUGCAGAUAAACUGGAUGACUUUUGUGUAACUAUGAUUAUUCUGUGUCUUGAUGGCAUUUUGUUGUUGAGUAUUGCUUAGGAUAUUUUUUCCUGGCGUGUUGUAAUGGGUAUGUAGAUGUAGGUAGUCCUUGUAAAUUUCAAUCGCUUUUUAUGAUAGUGAUAAACUCAAGAGCAAUUAAAGA